GAGCCGGCGUCAUUUGUGAAAUACAAGCGAAGUGAUUAUAUUAGUGCUAUUCGCUGCGAAAUUAUACCACGUGUAUUCAAUUCAACUGCACGCCGCAUUGAUAGUUUUUAUAGAAGUUAAUUUAAAUCUAGUCCAAAAUGCCUGAAGAAAUGGAGACAGCGCCCGCGGAGGUCGAGACCUUCGCCUUCCAGGCGGAGAUCGCCCAGCUUAUGUCACUGAUCAUCAACACAUUCUACUCCAACAAAGAAAUCUUCCUUCGUGAGUUAAUUUCUAACUCAUCUGACGCUUUGGAUAAGAUCAGGUAUGAAUCUCUCACUGAUCCCUCAAAAUUGGACAGUGGCAAGGAGUUGUACAUCAAGAUCGUGCCCAACAAGAGCGAGGGCACCCUCACCAUCAUUGAUACCGGUAUUGGUAUGACAAAGGCUGAUUUAGUCAACAACUUGGGUACGAUCGCCAAGUCUGGCACAAAGGCAUUCAUGGAAGCCUUACAAGCCGGCGCUGACAUCAGCAUGAUCGGUCAGUUUGGUGUAGGUUUCUACUCGUGCUACCUAGUCGCCGACCGUGUCACUGUACACUCGAAGCACAAUGAUGACGAGCAGUACAUGUGGGAGUCGUCUGCGGGCGGUUCCUUCACCGUGCGCCCAGACCCCGGCGAGCCCCUCGGCCGUGGUACAAAGAUCGUGCUCCACGUUAAGGAGGACCUCGCCGAGUACAUGGAAGAGCAAAAGAUCAAGGAAAUCGUAAAGAAGCACUCUCAAUUCAUCGGUUACCCGAUCAAGCUUGUCGUUGAGAAGGAACGUGAAAAGGAGCUUUCGGACGACGAGGCUGAAGAGGAAAAGAAAGAGGAAGACAAGGAAGAUGACAAACCUAAAAUCGAGGAUGUCGGUGAGGAUGAGGACGAAGACAGCAAGGACAAGAAGAAGAAAAAGAAGACUAUCAAGGAAAAGUACUCUGAAGAUGAGGAAUUGAACAAAACCAAACCCAUCUGGACGCGUAACGCUGAUGACAUUACACAGGAAGAGUAUGGUGACUUCUACAAAUCCUUAACAAACGAUUGGGAAGACCACCUGGCCGUCAAACACUUCUCUGUUGAAGGUCAACUUGAAUUCCGCGCCCUCCUCUUUGUCCCACGUCGUGCUCCAUUUGAUCUCUUUGAGAACAAGAAGCGCAAGAACAACAUCAAAUUGUAUGUGCGAAGGGUGUUCAUCAUGGACAACUGCGAAGACUUGAUCCCUGAAUACCUAAACUUCAUCAGGGGUGUGGUCGACAGCGAAGACUUGCCAUUGAACAUUUCUCGUGAAAUGUUACAACAAAACAAAAUCCUUAAAGUAAUUAGGAAGAACUUAGUUAAGAAAUGCUUAGAACUCUUCGAGGAGUUGGCCGAAGACAAGGAGAACUACAAGAAAUUCUAUGAACAAUUCAGCAAAAACUUGAAACUUGGUAUCCACGAAGACACCCAGAACCGCAACAAGCUUGCUGAUUUGCUUCGUUACCACACAUCUGCCUCUGGCGACGAGGCUUGCUCUCUUAAGGAAUAUGUAUCUCGCAUGAAGGAGAACCAGAAGCACAUCUACUACAUCACUGGUGAAAACAGAGAUCAAGUAGCCAACUCAUCCUUUGUCGAGAGGGUUAAGAAACGUGGCUUCGAAGUAGUCUACAUGACAGAGCCCAUUGAUGAGUAUGUAGUACAACAGAUGAAAGAGUAUGAUGGCAAGAGCUUGGUUUCAGUCACAAAGGAGGGUCUAGAGCUUCCCGAGGAUGAAGAUGAAAAGAAGAAGCGUGAGGAGGACAAAGUCAAGUUUGAGAACCUCUGCAAGGUUAUGAAGAACAUCCUUGACAACAAAGUUGAGAAAGUCGUUGUAUCCAACAGGCUUGUUGAAUCUCCUUGCUGCAUUGUCACAGCGCAGUACGGCUGGUCAGCGAACAUGGAGCGUAUCAUGAAGGCACAGGCUCUCCGUGACACAUCCACUAUGGGAUACAUGGCUGCCAAGAAGCAUCUUGAAAUCAACCCUGACCACUCGAUUGUUGAGACGCUCAGGCAGAAGGCUGAAGCUGACAAGAAUGACAAAGCUGUUAAGGACUUGGUCAUCCUUCUGUACGAGACAGCUCUUCUUUCAUCUGGUUUCACCCUUGAUGAACCCCAGGUGCAUGCUUCUCGCAUCUACCGCAUGAUCAAGCUUGGUCUUGGCAUUGAUGAGGACGAACCAAUACAAGUUGAGGAAGCCACCGUUGGAGAUGUGCCACCACUAGAGGGUGAUGCUGAUGAUGCAUCCCGCAUGGAAGAAGUAGAUUAAACUAUUUCCCGCCUAUUAUUAACCAUUUAAUGGUACAUUUGUGUUUUGUUUGUGCACUGGUGUACAGCCAAAGACUGAUUUAGUUCAAAUUCCAUUAUUUUAAAAUAAAUAAGUAUUAUAAUAAUACUUCUUUUGUUUUCAUUAAACCUGUAAUAUUUUUAACAAUUGUAAUGGAUGUCUAUGUAAUAUGUUUAAAUAGCUGUAACGUUCCAAUUGUUAGAUAUAAGAUUCCAACAUGAUUAAAAUAUUAUUAAAUAUUCAAAA